AUGGACGCCACAAACAGAGACACCCCCCAACCGACGAGCCCGUCCGCCGUCGCCGCCGCCGCCAGACGCUUUCGCUCGGCUUCUCGAGCCGAGGCCGCCCGCACCUCUAACGCGUGCCAGAUCUGCCGGGACAAGAAGGUCAAGUGCUCCGGCCAGCGGCCCUGCAAGUACUGCGCCAAGCGGGGGCUCGAGUGCGUCUUUUCCGCCGCCGAGAAGAGGAAGCUCUACUCCGUCUCGCAGAUCCGCGAACUCGAGGGCAAGGUUGCCUAUUAUGAGCGCCGGCGCCGCGGCACGUCGUCGGCUCCGGACGCCGCGGCGUCUUCCCCGGUGCUGCAGCCGAUAUCCCCUACGUGGCAGACGCCCUUAGGUGAGCUUAACCCGGAUAUAGAUGCCGUUCAUAAUGACAUGGACGUUCCGCAGGAUGGCAGCGGCCUCGUCCUCGACGGCACCGUCGCCACCCCCUCGACCGGUCCUGGCCUGGAUCAGCCUCGAACGACCCGGUCUCAGUCAACCUUCUCCCCUGCGUUAGAGAGGGUACGGACCGGGGCGGCAACUGUAAACACAUCCACAACGUCUCCCGUGCGUUCCGGUAGGGCAAUCGCCCCAGAAUCGGCGCUAUCCUCGAGCGAGACCUUCAGCUCCGAGAUCAAGACCCUCCUCGUGUCCCGCUCAAACCCGGGGUCCGCCGCCAGCCCGUUCGCCGGCGCCGCCACGCCCGUCCCGCACAUCGACCGGCGCGGGCUCGAGGCCCUGGCCGUCGGGCCGUGGCCCGCCGAGGAGGACGCCCACGCCAUGCUCGACGUCGUCAUCCUCAACGUCGGCAUCUCGCAGCAGCUCUUCGACGUCCGCGUCUUCUCGGACAACCUCUCGACGCUGUACCUCGAUUCGUCCUCCGCCGCCGCCGCCGCCGCCGCCGCGGACGUACGGCUGCCGGAGAUCUGGAUCGUCGAGGCCUUGCUUGUGUUUGCCGUCGGUCGUCUCCUGCAGGGUAAAGAUGACGAAAGCGGCGACCUCCCCGGGACGGCGUACUUCCGCGAGGCGGUGAAGCGCACGCCUUUGUUGAGCGAGCUGCGCAGACACGGUGUCAUGGGGGUCGAGGUCAUGGCCUUGACGGCGUUGUAUCUCCAGAUCACGGACCGCAAAGACGAUGCGUACCUACAUUCGAAUACUGCGUUGCGGCUGGCAAUAAGCCACGGCAUGCACCGCGCCAACAGCGGCCAGAGCCUCCGGCGGCCCGAGAACGUCCACAAGAACAGGCUCUGGUGGUCCGUCUACAUGCAAGAAAGGCAGGCAACAAGCUGUGGGCUAUCACGCGAGGAUCAUAAACUGACAGACUACCAGGAGGCUAUGCGCCGCCGGGGGAUAUCCCAUGUCCAUCGAGGACUACGCGAUCACGACCAAGCCGCCAUACGAGGUCCUCGGCUUCCCCUCCGCCACAGCCCUGGGGGUCAACGUCGAAGCGGCGAGGAUCACGGGAAAUAUCACCACGAGUACGAGACAACGGAGAACCUGGUGUCUGCAAGCCGGGUACAUGGACUGACCGUGGCAGCAGCAAUCUACUCGCAAAAAGACGACGCGGAGGCCACCUUCAUCAACAACGUCCAGGGCAUCCUGCACUCGCUGUACGAGGUCGAGAAGACGAUGCCGGCCGAGUACUCGAUGGAGAUCAAGCCAUCGGGCUUGACCGUGGCCGGACGUCCGUUCAUGGAGGCGCCGACGACGACGUCAAGGACCAGCUCGAGCUUGUACGCGUCGGUGUACUCGGCCGUGAUUCACACCGUCCGCCCUAUCCUGCUAUACAUGGCCCGCAACAGCCGGGACCCCGAGAGAGAAGACCCCCAGAGCGAGGUGAGCCCCGCAUUGGUCCGGCUCGCGGAGAUCUGCGUCGAGGCCGCCAGCAAGAGUCUCGUCAUCCUACAAGAGCUACGGAAGAAGGAGAUUCUCGCAAAGAACGCCUUCCUGGACCUCGACGCCGCCUUCUCCGUCGGCUUCGUCUUUGUCCUCGUCGAGGCCGUCAGCCCGGGCAAGGGACUCGGCUUCAAGGGCGUCGAGGGGUCGAGGGCGAUCCUUCGGUACCUCGUCGGCCUCGGCAACCGGGCCGCCGCGAGCCGCCUCGCCGAGCUCGACCAGAUGUGCGCGCACCUCUCGCUGUCUGUACGCCAACCGACUGGUCAAACGCCGCAGGAGGAGGCGUCGUCGUCGUUCAUGGAUCUCCUGACGCAGCCAUUCUCCUUCUCGAGCGGCUACGGGAACGUCGAGGCGGGGGCUGGCGGAGUAUCUCGCAGCGUCGUCGCGGGAGGGAUAAGUAACCGAGAGAGCGAUGUGAACGGGGUGGCUACGGACGGGGGCUGCGAGGCCGCCUCACAACACGACUUCGGGCUGAGCGGUGCCGAUCUGGCGAGUAUACCCCUCGAGGGCGAGAACAGCUUGUACUGGGUCUACCACACGCCGGGAUUCUCGUUCACCGGCGUCGAGCAGACCGACUGGGAGGCGUUGGAGAACCAGAUACCUUGGGGCAGCCAGCAGUGA